AUGACUUCCAAUGAGAAUUAUGCUGUGUUCCGCGAAUGUCUGUCUAAUGCCAUCGUGGCUCGUUCAGAGGAAAAACAGAAGCCAGCGCGACGGAAGCCAAAGGGCAAGCGCACCGGGCGCAAAGACGUAAUAACAGCGACAACCGUCUCAACAGGGAGAGCAGACCCGGAAGAGCUCGCCGAAUUUGUUGAUUUCCUAGCCUCAGAAACCUUCACCACCUUGCCAACCGCCCUCCAAACCCUAAGCUACGCAGCCAUCCAACACGAUCCAACCCUAUCAACCCUCUACAUCCCCCAAGACACCGACACGCCCCUCCCACGCGCCACGCUCGAAACCCUAUUCUCUCCAAUCCCAGUUAGCGUAACCGACUCGUUAGUCGUCUAUGGCAUCAUUGCUGACGCAGCAGACCUGCUGGACUUCCUCGCGCCCGUGCUGGCGGAGUACACAUCGAGCGUGACGACUGGCCCGCCGGCAUGGGCGAGCACGCGCGCGGACGCGUGCGAGAUCUGCGAGCGCGACUGGAUCCCGCUCUCAUAUCACCAUUUGAUUCCCCGCGGGGUGCAUGCGAAGGUCGUUAAGAAGGGGUGGCAUGAUGAGUGGAUGUUGAAUAGUGUGGCGUGGCUUUGUCGCGCUUGUCAUAGUUUCGUGCAUCGCAUGGCGAGUAAUGAGGAGCUGGCUAGGGAGUGGUUUACUGUUGAGAGGAUAUGUGAGAGGGAGGAUGUGCGGGACUGGGCUAUCUGGGUUGGGAGGGUUAGGUGGAAGGCGAGGUAG